GUGAAUUACAGCAUACAUUGGGCCCUGUCAGCGGCAACAGUAGGAUUGAAACAUCGAUUGGCUUUUGUGUACUGUGAUAGGCCAAGUUUUUGCUCCACUCCAAUAUGAAAUCUUGCAGUUUUCUGUUGCUCCAAGGCUUUUUUCUUGUUGCUUUCACUUAUACAUUGGCGGGAAGCCCGAUUCAUUGUGGUGCUCAUUGGUCUCUUUCAAGGACUUUGGCCAACGGCAUGGCAAGGACAUUACCUUCGGACAUUCAACAGAUCAUCUGUUCGUUUGGCAUUGGGCCUCGUGGCGACGAUAAAUUCGCUUUUGUUGCCAUGACAGUGUGCAAGGAAUGGGCACACUUUGUCUGCACCGUCCUUUACCGGUAAGCAAAUUUCACGGGGCUCUAUGAGGACCAUUGGACGUGCAUGUAACACAUUUGCUAGAAACUAUCUUAUUCGCAAUUAUCUUUCAUUCAUUGAUUUCAUCAAAACGGUGACCAAACCGAGCGGGGUGCUGCGGUACGGCGAGUAUAUCCGAUCGAUCGACUUGACCCUGGUCAACAAGUAUGGCAUCGAUAUGCGAGUAUCUCAAUUGAUCCGGCGGUGUCCGAAUAUUCGCACCAUGACACUCGGUCAUCCCACCAGCGUCCAGCCAGAUACCAUUGGAUUGAUUGCGAAAUACUGCCGCAAGCUGCAUACAUUCAACAUUGGCGGUUUGGAAAGCUGGCCAUUUAUGCUUGAAUGUGAUUUUUCGGGGUUAAAGCAACUGCACACCAUCCAUUUUUCCACCACCCCUUUGAUGGCCCACUCUCUCUAUACGCUUCCUACCCGUACGCUUCGUCACGUUUGCCUGGAAAAGAUGGAUGCAUUAACCGUAGACGAGCUUCGGAUAUUCUUGAAAAACCGACCGAAUAUCGAAACGUUGGCCAUCUUACAUUGCCGCCGGUUGACCAAAGACCUUGGUACGGUGAUUUCGUCUAAAAUUGGUGGAACACUGGAUCAGUUGGAAUUGGCGGGAUCACAGAUAACCGACGAUAACAUACGACGUAUGUUUCAAGAACAAGGCCACCUAUCGGUUUUACGACUCCACCGAACAUGGAUCACCGAUGCCACAUUGGAAGCGAUAAGGACGGGCCGUCUUUUCAUCAAGCAUUUAGACAUAUCAUACAACAAGCAUAUCACCAACGAGGCAGUGAAAGCACUUUUCGUGAGUUUCCGCGGGCGGAUGACACUAAACGUAUCAGGCUGUGAUCAAGUUGAUGUUUCUUUGUAAUUCUAUUGAAUAAGGAGAAUAAGAGCAAAUGGAGAUUUUAACUAGGCAAGGCAAUGAUGGGAUCCUGGGGAAUGUGAUCCGGACUAUUUUUUUCCGCCUCCAAUAAAUACUGUUUAUAUCCCGAA